AUGUCCGCGCUCAUGCUGGCGGUGCCCACCCCCAUGCCAAGAAGACCUUACAUUUUGUUUUGUCUCCAUGUAGUUAACGGAGGUUGGUCGAGUUGGGGCGGAUGGUCUAGCUGCAGCGUGACGUGUGGGUCCGGGAGCCAGUCUCGUAGUAGAACCUGCACCAACCCUGCACCAGCCUUCGGAGGGGCGAACUGUGCCGGGCAGUCUCGAGAGACACGGCAAUGCAACGCGGGGUCUUGUCCAGUUAACGGAGGUUGGUCGAGUUGGGGCGGAUGGUCUAGCUGCAGCGUGACGUGUGGGUCCGGGAGCCAGUCUCGGAGUAGAACCUGCACCAAUCCUGCACCAGCUUACGGUGGGGCGAACUGUGUCGGGCAGUCUCGGGAGACACGACAAUGCAACGCGGGGUUUUGUCCAGUUAACGGAGGUUGGUCGAGUUGGGGCGGAUGGUCUAGCUGCAGCGUGACGUGUGGGUCCGGGAGCCAGUCUCGGAGUAGAACCUGCACCAACCCUGCACCAGCCUUCGGAGGGGCGAACUGUGUCGGACCCGCUCAGGAAACACGACAAUGCAACGCUGGGUCUUGUCCAGAGGUGUCUGAAGGGACGAGUUGGGGCGGAUGGUCUAGCUGCAGCGUGACGUGUGGGUCCGGGAGCCAGUCUCGGAGUAGAACCUGCACCAACCCUGCACCAGCCUUCGGAGGGGCGAACUGUGCCGGACCCGCUCAGGAAACGCAGCAAUGCAACGCGGGGUCUUGUCCGGUUGACGGUGGUUGGUCCGACUGGGGCGCAUGGUCUAACUGCAGCGUGACGUGUGGAGUCGGGACGGAAACUCGGGACAGAACAUGCACCAACCCUGCACCAGCGAACGGAGGGGCAGACUGUGACGGACCUGCUCAGGAGACACAGGCAUGUGACACGGGGGUGGCUUGUCCAGUUGACGGUGGUUGGUCCGACUGGGGUCCAUGGUCUACCUGCACCGUGACGUGUGGAAACGGGACGGAGACUCGGGACAGAACCUGCACCAACCCUGCACCAGAGAACGGUGGGACAGACUGUGACGGACCUGCUCAGGAGACACAGGCAUGUGACACGGAGGUGUCUUGUCCAGUUGAUGGCGGUUGGUCCGACUGGUUCGCAUGGUCUGGCUGCAGCGUGACGUGUGGAGUCGGGACGGAGACUCGGGACAGAACCUGCACCAACCCUGCACCAGAGAACGGUGGGGCAGACUGUGACGGACCUGCUCAGGAGACACAAGCAUGUGACAAGGGGGUGCCGUGUCCAGUUGACGGCGGUUGGUCCGACUGGGGCGCAUGGUUCGCCUGCAGCGUGACGUGUGGAGUAGGGACGGAG